AUGACUAAGUACAAAGAACCUAUCAGUCUAAGGGUAGCUCUGAUCUCCGAGCAGCGGUCAAACUAUCUUGAGCGCGGGUACUCCCAGGAGGAAUGCGCAGCACUAACGCACGACGGAGAAAUCCAGGCGGUCUUAUCAACUCUCGAGAAGCUGGGCCAUCACACCACCCUAGUUCUAGGCGUCGAGUCCCUGGUCCAGCAGCUGGCGAUCGGGAAGCAUAAGGACUGGGACCUGGUUUUCAAUAUGGCGCAGGGCUUCUACGGACCCGCGAGAGAAUCUCACACCCCUGCACUCUUAGAGGCUUAUCAGGUUCCCUACACCUUUUCGGAUUGCGCUACGAUGGUGUUGUGUCAGAACAAAGCAAACACAAAGAUCAUCUUGUCCCAUCAUGGGAUUCCUACUGCGCCCUUCCUGGUGAUCCCGGCCAACGAACCGGCUAGCAGCGCGCCCAAGUUCACCAUGUCCGGGCCCCAAUAUCCGUUUUUCGUGAAGCCAGUCACUGAAGGCUCAUCCAAGGGCAUCGACACGUUCAAUAAAGUAAACGACUCGGCCGAGCUGACUUCCGCCGUGCAGGAGCUGAAAUCGAAAUUUCCAGGCCAGGAUAUCUUAGUGGAAUCCUAUCUACCUGGUCGUGAGCUCACCGUGGGCAUUCUAGGAACGGGCGAGGAUAGUCGCGUGAUUGGCGUUCGAGAACUAAUCUGGAAGAACCCGACUGACUCUACCAACGAAGUCGACGGCAAUUCCCAGUUGGAAUUUGCCAGCAGAGAGAGCAAAUCUAGCACAGGCAACUUGCUCGUCUAUCAGGAUCACGAUUUGACCCACCCACAAAUCCAAGCAGCCUGUCAGGUUUCCCUGGAUGCGUGGAAGCUCCUUGGCUGUCGGGAUGCUGGCCGUAUCGACCUUCGGUUUGACUCAAACGAGCCGGACGCCGUUCCAAAUAUUAUGGAGGUGAACCCAAUCUCCGGCCUACUUCCGGUCCAUUCUCCGUUGCCAGGCAGUGCGGAGAGCAAUGGGACCUCAUAUGCGGAGCUAUUGGAAGCCAUUAUUGAAAGUGCCCUCCGACGAUGCCCUCCCGCGACUCUUGUCAAUGGUAGCUCAUAG